AUGGCGACCUUCCCUCCGCUGGGAGGCCUUCCGCUCAAGGUCGCCAGGUGUAUCCUCAAGGCAGGUCUACGCCUCGGCCCUGCAGAGCUUCUGGCCUGGGAGCAGAAGCAGCCGGCCAACCGUCUUCUGAGCUCACCGGCUCCAUCGAAGGCGGCGGUUCCGGGAGGCUCGCUUGUAUCGCUGUUGCCACCGUUGCUGCUGCUGUUCCCGUUCUAUGCUGCAGCAAGUCAGUGGACGACGUCUUGGUACGUCCAAACGCUUUACUGCGACAGGUGUGUCUUCGGCAUUGUCAUCCCUGCCUGCCUGUUGCAAGGCUUCGAACGCCUUGCCUCCCUGGCCGUGCUCACGUGGUUGCGGUCACGGACGACUGUCCUACGGCUGAAACUGCCCAAGCGCUUGGGUUUGGGAUCCGUCUGCGCAGCCUUGGCGAUGCUCGCCGCCGCACUUGUCGAGGUGGCUCGGCGCGACUGGGCACCGCGACUUCCUGGAGAACCGGAGGCGUUUAUCUACCCGGCAUCCGCCGAGUUCCUCUCCUCCUCACCUUUUGCCUAUGGCCUGGGUUGCGCAGCACAGGCUGGGGCUGUUGUGCUGUUGGGUCUUUGGCUGGGCUACUUGAAGGCAUGGAUUCCGGAUGGCUCCCCAAAUCAAGGGCACUAUGACUUGUUCUACCUGUGUUUGGGUGGAGCCGGGCUGGUCGCGGGCGGUCUCUUUGUGCUUCUGCCGUUCCCAACAUUUUAG